UGGCUUGCAUCAGUUCUGAUGGACCGUUGAGAGUGAAAAUGUGGUCUUCAGUGAUUCUUCUAACCGUUUCCGCUCUGCUGACGAGUGCCCAAAACGACUUUGAUGCCAUCCAAGGAUGCAAGCAGUACACCAUCAGUCGACCGUCGUACAACAGUCCCAACCCGUAUUACGCCCUGGAUCAGUUUCAGGAUCUACAGCAGGUUGAGGUGGCUGGGUUGAAGAUUCGUUCGAUCAAGAUAGCAGUUAUUGGAAGCAACGAUGGUGUCAUUAGGCUAUCCCCAGUUGAACAACCCUACCAAAAUACUCUUAUGGAUGAAAUUGUUCUUUCCGGCUGGGGAAACACUCGCAACGCCGUUCGGCAGUACGUUCGAUCCAGUCCGAGCAGAUAUACCAGAGCCGUGAUCCUGGCGAAUCAGCUUAGUGGUGGAAUUCUUUCGCCAUACAAGCCGUUUGUGUUCACCCUGUCAAUCGUGAAUGAUCAUCUGGUGGCGCUCAGCAAAAAUGGCGAAUCGUUGCCAUUCCUGCAGUACACCGAUGUGGGGGUAACGCCCAAGUACAUCGGAUUUAGCAAUUGGAAUGCCCCCGUUUCCGUGUUUUACGAUUGUCCACCUCCGGCGCCUACAACGACACAAACUCCAGCUACAACGCAGACUCCAGCUACAACGCAGACUCCAGCUACAACGCAAACUCCUACUCCAACACAGACUCCAGCUCCAACGCAAACUCCUGCUCCAACACAGACUCCUGCUCCAACGCAGACUCCAGCUCCAACACAGACUCCUGCUCCAACACAAACUCCUGCUCCAACACAGACUCCAGCUCCUACGCAAACUCCUGCUCCAACCCAGACUCCUGCUCCAACGCAGGCUCCAGCCCAAACUGAUGCUCCUGCUGUUACAGAUGCUCCUGCUGUAACCGAUGCUCCUGCUGUAACCGAUGCUCCUGCUGUUACAGAUGCUCCUGCUGUGACAGAUGCUCCUGCCGUUACAGGUGCUCCUGCUGUUACAGAUGCUCCUGCUGUAACCGAUGCUCCUGCUGUUACAGAUGCUCCUGCUGUAACCGAUGCUCCUGCUGUUACAGAUGCUCCUGCUGUAACCGAUGCUCCUGCUGUUACAGAUGCUCCUGCUGUAACCGAUGCCCUGCUGUGA